AGACGACUGAUGCCAAAAUACAAGUCCUUGAGAAAAUAAGACUUGGACCACGACCCCACUUGUUCAUCAAUCACCAAAAUUCAUGUUAAUUUAUUAUUUCAUUUUGUGUAAUUUCUUCGUAGACGCGUUUGGUAGUAUGUAUAUAUAAAUCCCACAUGCAGUCGCACACCUUCAUUACAACCACUCAUCAAUACACUAUACUGCAUGCUUCAUUUUCUUCUCCCAUGCCUGCUUCUUCCUGCUGUAAAUAUGAUGUGUUCCUCAGUUUCAGAGGGGAAGAUACUAGAAAAAACUUCACUAGCCAUCUCUACGCUGGUUUAUGUCAGAAAGGGAUUCUGACCUUCAAGGAUGAUAAAGAGCUCGAGAGAGGCAAAACCAUUUCUCAAGAACUGCUUAAAGCAAUCCAAGAUUCUAAGAUUUGUAUUGUUAUUUUCUCAACAAGCUAUGCUUCUUCCUCUUGGUGCUUGGAUGAGCUUGCGCAUAUUUUUGAGUGCAUGAAAACAAAGGGACAAUUGGUUAUGCCUGUUUUCUACCAUGUUAAUCCAACUGAUGUUAGAAAACAAACUGGUGACUAUGGAAAAUCAUUUGCUCAGCAUGAACAGCGUCUCCACACCAACUUGAACAAGAUUCAACAAUGGAGAACUGCAAUGACUGGAUUGGCCAAUCUCUCUGGUUGGGAUUUACAAGACAGGCAUGAGUCAGAGCUUAUUGAAGAAAUAGUAAAAGAUGUGCUACGCAAAUUGAGAAAAUCGAGUUCAGUGAUAAGUGCAGCUAAGAAUUUUGUUGGGAUGAGUUCACGUUUGGUGGACAUGAGUAUGUAUUUAGACAUGGGCCAAACAGAUGAUGUUUUUUUUCUAGGGAUUUGUGGGAUGGGUGGCAUUGGAAAAACCACCAUUGCUAGGGUUGUCUACGAGGAACUAUCUUCUCAAUUUGAAGGCAGCAGCUUCCUCGCAAACGUUAGAGAAGUUGACGAGAAACAUGGCUUAAUUCCUUUACAAAAACAAAUUCUGAGUGAAAUUCUACUGGAUAGAGGCAUUACUAUUUGGGAUGCUCAUAGCGGAAGCAAUGAGCUCAGAAAUAGGUUACACAGGAAAAGAGUUCUUAUAGUUCUUGAUGAUGUCAACCAAUUGGAUCAGUUAAAAUUUUUGGCUGGCAUGCAUGAUUGGUUUGGGAAGGGAAGUAGGAUAAUUAUAACGAGUAGAGAUGAGCAUUUACUCACAUGCCAUGGAGUUGAUAAAAUCUACAGGGUUGAAGGACUAAGUGAUGAUGAAGCCCUUCAUCUCUUUUGUUUGAAAGCCUUUAAGAGUGAUUAUCCAACAGGUGAUUAUGUGGAACUAACUAAUCACUUUGUCAAUUAUUGUAAUGGCCUUCCAUUAGCUCUUGAUGUUAUUGGUUCUUUCUUGUUUUGUAAAUCUGUAAAUGAGUGGAGAAGUGCAUUGAGUAGAUUGAAAGAUGUUCCUAAUCAAAAAAUCUCGGGUAAGCUUUAUAUAAGCUUUAAUGGUUUAGAGGAGAUUGAGAAGAAAAUAUUCUUAGAUAUUGCUUGCUUUUUCAAUGGAGAGGAUAAAGAUCAUGUGAUGCAAGUAUUGGAAACUUGUGGUUUCUAUCCAGAAAUUGGAAUAAGAGUUCUCAUCAAUAAAUCUCUCAUAACCAUUUCAAAAGAGAGAAUAUGGAUGCAUGAUUUACUUCAAGAAAUGGGUCGAGACAUUGUUCGCCAAGAAUCUGCUGAAGAACCAGGAAAAAGAAGUAGAUUGUGGCUUUUUAAGGAUGUUGAGCAUGUUCUAUCAAAUGAUAAGGGAACAGAACAGAUUGAAGGCAUUGUCCUGGACUCAUGCAAUCAACAAGAUGCAAAAUUGAGUGCUAAAUCCUUCACAAAGAUGAAGAGGCUAAGAUUGCUCAAACUUCGAAAUUUACACUUUUCCCAGGGCCUUGAGUAUCUUUCAAAUAAAUUAAGAUAUCUUGAAUGGGAUGGAUAUCCUUUCAAAUCUCUUCCAUCAACUUUCCAGCCUGAUACUCUUGUUGAGCUCCAUAUGCGCUGCAGUAACAUGGAACAUUUGUGGAAGGGAGUUAUCAAACCACUAAAGAAGUUGAAGGUCAUUGAUCUAAGUUUCUCUAUUAACUUAAUCAAGACUACGGACUUCAAGGAUGCUCCAAACCUUGAAAAGUUGAAUCUUGAAGGCUGCACAAGAUUGUUGGAGGUUCACCAAUCCAUUGGAGAUCUGAAAAGGCUUGUUUUAUUGAACUUGAAGGAUUGCAAAAGCCUUAUAAGGCUUCCAAAUAGCAUAUGUGAUUUGAAGUCCCUUAAGUUUCUUAAUUUGCAUGGAUGCUCAAAACUUGAGAAGUUGCCAGAAAGGCUGGGAGAUAUGACAAGCUUGGAAAAGCUUUAUGCAGGUGGGAUUACUACAAGACAAGCUCCAUCAACUAAACUGUGGGAUUUUUUUCUCCCUUCAAGAUUAUUGCCAUGGAAGAAUCAAAAUCCAACUCCAAAUCAAAUGGUUACCUUGCUGCCUUCUUUGUUAGUGUUACGAUCAUUGAGGUCACUAGAUUUAAGUUACUGCAAUCUGGUAGAAGGAGCACUACCUAGUGAUAUGAGCUGCUUCCCGUCACUGAGAACACUCAAUCUAAGCGGAAAUGAUUUUUUUAGCAUCCCUUCAAGCAUAAGUAGACUUUCGAAACUCGAAGAUUUUCGAUUCGCUAAUUGCAAGAAGCUUCAAGUAUUUCCAAGUAUGCCAUCAAGCAUUUUAUAUCUUAGUAUGGAUGGUUGCUCUGCCUUGGAAAGUUUGCUACCUAGAAGCAUCAGCAGACAAUUUGAACUUGAAAAUCUUUGUGCUGCUGUGGAUUGCAAGAGGCUUCAGUUAUUGCCAGAUCUUUCAUCGUGUAUUUUAUAUCUAAGUGUGGAUGGAUUAACAGCAGAAGACACCAUCCCAAAUCCAUUUGGGACAAACACUACCAGACCUUCAUCAUUGACUCUGGUAAGUUGCUUGAAAUUGUUCGAGGUUCAAAGCAAAAACAUUUCAGCAUUUGGAAGGCUGACAAGCUAUCUGCAUUAUUUGCUGAGGCACAGCUCUCAGGGACUCUUUAGUCCAAGCUCUCACAUAUCCAUGUGUUUAGCUGGAACUGAAAUUCCAGGUUGGUUCAACUAUCAGUCCCCUGGUUCUUCAUUAGAAAUCCAUUUGCCUCCAUAUUGGUGGGCUACGAAAUGGAUGGGGUUUGCAUUCUGUAUAGAGUUUGGAUUCCAUGAGCCUCUACCAGAUUCUUCGACCAUUUCCUGUGAUUUGCACGCAUGCAUUACUCCAAAUCAAGAUCUGUUUCUGGGUCACACUGCUGUUGAAAUCUCCAAGGACAUGAUUGUUACAUCAGAUCAACUUUGGUUCAAUUACAUGCCUCGAAGCUCUUUGACUUGUCUGGAUUUGUGGGAAGCCUGUUGUCAUCUUAAGGUUACAUUUUCUUCAAACCAUUUAAGGGUGAAGUAUUGUGGGUUGCGUGCAAUAUAUGGUCGAGAUCUUGAUGAUUUAGUAACCUGUAGCAAUCCAUUCCAGAAUUUGGGACUCCCCUGUAACGAUAAUGUUGAGAAGAGUAAGAGAAGCCGGGACGAGUAUAGCUGUGGCAGUGGAAGGGAACCCAAUGAAAGUGGGAGUCUCCCAGCCAAGAGACUGAGAAUGGCUGUGGAUCCUGAGUCCUGAGCUGAAACUCAUGGCCAAAAGGGUGUUCAAGUUCUUUCUGUUUGAUGUUUGAGUUUUUUACUACGGUAAAGAUUGUUGAUUUAGCCUAUUGCACAAUUGUUGCUGGAAAUACUGUGCAGUGACUAAUAAUUGUGAUUCAUUCUUGAGCAUUUGAAAGUGUGUUUAAUUGGCCUC